AUGUCGCAGUUUUCAGUUUGGUUCACGAAUUUAGUUCUCAUUGUGUCAGUUUAUACUGCAGCUGGUCAAAAUCUAACAGAAUGUAAGCAAAACGAUAUGGCAUGUGUGGAGAAGAAUGCCAACACCCUGUACCAGAUGAUCAUGAGCGGGGAUCCGGAGAGGCACGUGGAACCUCACGAGCCUCUCCAUCAUGAGCUCAUCGAGGGAAACCUGUCCAUCCUCAAGUAUAAGUUCUUCAACUCGACCUUCAUGGGAAUGAAUACUUGCAAGAUUAGUAACCUCAAUUGGAACUUUCAAGCUUCUCUCAUCCGUUUCGACGUGACCUGCGGCAACAUCACGAUGUAUGGCAAGUACGAGAUCGACGGUCGACUCAUCAUACUGCCCAUCAAGGGAGAAGGAGAUUAUAAAAUUGAUACGCAUGGUUACAAGAUCUCAGUGGAAUGUGAGAUAGACGAGAUCGACGGGAGCGACGGUAACAAACAUCUGCAUAUACACACGUACAGGCUGAAAGAGACACCUACUGCUCCUAUUGUCUUUUCGUUGGAUAACCUUUUCAAUGGUCAAAAAGAAAUGUCUGAUACUCUUCACAAAUUCGCCAAUGACAAUUGGAAGGAGGUAGCUGAACUCGUCCAAGACCCAGUGUGGUACGCACAUGCGAAGACACUCAUCAGUGUUGUCAAUAAGUACUUGAAAUUGAGGGUCAUCAACUUCUUUAUGAUAUAGUCAUUGAAGUUUCAAG